AUGGAGCAGCCAAUAAUAAAACAGGCCGACUACACGUGAUAUUGUCUAUCGAAGCUUGCGAAGUUCAUUUUAGGCAUGUAGAUAUUUACCCAAAUGACCCUCUGUCACGACCUACUCAUGAUCUGUAA